UCAGUGAAACAACGCAGACGGGCCACGGCACACCAUCCAAUUCCAGUCUGCCGAGCAACUGCCGAGUGCCGGCGCUUGUGCUGCCUUGUGCCAACUGCCAUAAUAUAAUAGCUUUGUCUGGCCGCUGGCGUAAGGUGUUUGUUGUGAUAAACACUGUGCGGUGUGCCCGAUGCCGGUGCCCGUUUGGCGCUCGACGUAAAUAAAACGUUUUUUCAAAAAGUUUAUCUUCGCUAAAACAUUUCAAGUGUUAACGAUUUUAGACCAAGUGAAAAGUGAAGAAGUGACGAAAGAUAAGUCGCGACUCGCGCGUCGCCCGUCGCGUCGGAGUCUGAAGCUGAGGUCAGCGCAAAGUGCAAAGUUGCAAACACACUACUACAUGCUACCAACUAUUAUCUAUUCUGUGAUGCUACUACAAGAAUAAUUUCUUCAUAUAAAAAUAUAUAUAUGAAGGUUACAGAAGAAAGAAAUGGAUUCCGCAAAAGAGCAAUCGUGUAAGCAGUAUAUAACGAAAAUAACGAUACUGCUUCCGUCCAAGAAAAACUUUUGUAAAGAAUAUAAGAAGAUAUGUAACGAGGAAGAAAGUGUUAAGUAUAUUUAUUUAGGCAUCAUAAGAGUAACUGAAGAGGCAAUUCGUAUCGGUAACAUAGAUAAGUUUAAAAAUGCAUGUAAAAUUAUUGAAUAUAUUAAUAGUAUAGAAAACGUAACUUGGUUGCAAGAGACAUAUGAACACGAAAACAAUCCUUUUAAUAAAAGUAAUGUCAUUAUUUUAGCGUGCAAAUACAAUAAGUGUAAUAUCUUGAAGCAUAUUUUCCAUUCUGAAAAUAGAAUACUGCUAAAUUUAUCGGUAGAUAUUGGUAGGGAUAAAUUUAAACUAACAGACCGUGACGUAUCAGGACGCACCGCUUUUUACUAUGCUAUACUUGGAAAUAACGUUGAACUUCUCAAUACCCUGUGCAGUGAUUGGCCGUACACAUAUCAGAGUGAACCGGCUUAUCUUCAAGAAUUAGAUGACGUUAUUUCGGAUGCAUACUCUGAAUUAAAAUUAAGAAAUGUGCUACUUUCGGAGGAAAUUCAAUUUUAUGUCGAAUAUAAAUUAAUUGAUCUCCGUUUCUUUCACAAUGCUGGUAAUCAUUCGCAAUAUCGAAAUAUUCGACCCAAUCUCAGUGUAGUCAAGGAACGUAUAGAAUUGGUCAUCCAAUGUAAUGAACUCUUACAAGCAGAAUAUUGCGGUGAAAAGAAAGUGGACGAAAUGUUCAUUUACGUGGCUAGCUUCGUAGCUCAGAACAUCGAUGUGUUAAAAAGACAGAUAAAAUGUACUUACGACAGACUGCCUUGGGAAGAAAUAGAAUUUUGUCUUAUAUGUUUUAUCUCUGGGCAAAAAAAUUACGACAUCAUCAACAUGAUAUAUAAAACAGUUCUAAAGAAAACGACUAUUCUGGACCACCUACAACACUUUAUAAAUAUUCUAGAUGAGGAAAAACAUAACAUAAAAGGCGCUGAUGUCGGUAGUAACAUUCCGAAGCUCAAACGAGAAGUCGUGGUUGAGAAUAUUAUAAAUAAAAAUAAAGCUCUCACCGCUUUAUAUACAGACUUCGAGGAAGUAAGAAACGUUUACUCUAUGACGAAAAUUAUAACAUACAUAGAGCUAGCACUCGACUCAGACCCUCAAGAAAAGAUGGGCCAAUUAAUUAUUGAGAGAGCCUUGCUAAUAACUGGAGAGUAUUUAAAAAAUAGCUUGGAGUCGCCUAAUUUAUCUGAUAGUAUUAGUAACAUUCUACUCUGUUCUGGAUUGCAAAAUGAUACACUUAUAAUUCUACGGUCGAUACGUAAUUUACUGUCGCACUCACAAUCAUUAAUAAAUAGAAUGGAUACUGUGAAAAAUAAUAAUUCUAAUAACAUUUAUUGUAUUAUUCAAAAUGAUCUUAAGAAGAUCAAAACAGAAAUUAACGAAAUUUUGGUAGAAAGCAAGUCAAACGCCGUAAAAAAAAUAUUGAUGAAGAUACUUGAAUUGAAUGAUUACGAUGAAAUCAUGGAAUUGGUUAGUAUUUUUAAAAAUAUUAAAAUUAGUGAAACGGAUUUAAACAAUAAUAUUAAAUGUGAUGAGCGCGAGACAAUAGAAAAAUUGGUAAAAGAGUUGAAAUCAAAAAUAACUAAUAGAACAUUUCAACAAGAGAAACUUCUUCAAGAAAUAAGUUUGAUAAUUGACCGAGGAGAAACUAACGUACAGUCGUCAGAAGAAAUAAUCAGAUUUGGUGUUUUGUGGUUAAAGAACAUAAGUAAAGCUGAUUUUCACGAAAAAGAAGUUGCAGGAAUGAAAGUAACGAUAAGCAACUUUCUUGAAAAGUUGACCCCAAAAAUUGAUAAUGAAGGCUUAACUCGAAUUAUCGCUUUAUCUAGAAUAUUAUAUAACAAUAUUAAUGUAAAAAAUAAACAGGAACAAAGUGAAAAAUUAAUCAACAAACUUUCUUGUGGCCUUAAAAACGUCAGUCAACUUUCAUUUCAAAUUUUAGAUGAUCCAUCACUUAAAAAACAUGACGAAUACGAAGAAAUAAAAUGUCUAAUUCAAAAAAUUUCGUAUUACGCAAAUUUUAGCUUGAACCAAGUUAAGGGGCUGGAGGCAUUAAAAAUUAGAUAUGAAGAAAAUAAACCAGACUAUACUACUAUUGUAAAUAACAGUCCAGAAGAUUCCUUGAAUGAACGGCUUCAAACGCUAUAUAGCGUACUAAAAUUUGAUGAUUUCGAACCUUAUAAGUUAAUACAACAAUUUGAUUCCUUUGGUAAAAAUCUUAAAGUACAAGUUGCAACAGAGAGUUUAGUUUUUGAUGUUUUAGAAAUAAGCAAAAAUUAUUUGAGCAAUAAUUUAUUGUUAUUUGAUACUAACUGUCCUAUUUUAAUUGGGAAAUGCUUACGAAACCAUUUAGCCCACGGAAAUGCUAUAGUUGACAUUUUUCCAUAUAGUUCCGCGAGAUCAUUAUUUGGUAAUGCUAUCAAAUUCAUAAAAGCAAAGGGUUCCUCCAUCAUAAGAGACAAUUUGUUUAUAGGUCAACCAAUAAUAAACAAUCCAUGUGAUAUAAAGAAUCGCUUCGACCAUAACAUUGACAUGAUUAAAAGUCAAGAUGAAAUGUUCAAGGCUUUAAAAGAAGGUAAUUUUGACAAAUUACUUGAGCUAACUAAAGCAGGAGCAGAAAUAAGAGGUAGAAAUUUUAUAACCAUGUCUACUUUACAUAUUGCUGCAUGUGGGGGGAAUAUAGAUAUCAUAAAAUUUCUCAUAGCCAAUGGCUUAGACAUUGAAUCCAAAGACAUGGAUGGUCAGAGCCCCCUGUUUAUGGCCGUAAGAAAUGGAAAGAUGGAUAUUGUAAAAUAUUUCAUAGAAGAUAAAAAAUUAUCGAUAGAUAAUGUAGAUAACAGUGGCAGAACUAUUCUACAUGUAGCGGCUCUAGCCGGCCAUAAUAUAAUUAUUGAGUAUUUACUAGGAAAAAAUGCAAACGUAUCAGUAAAAGAUAGAAACGGCUACUCACCUGUUCAUUUUGCCAUAAUUCGCAAUCACACGAAGGCUGCUAUUACCCUCUUACAGAAAGAAUCAAACGUUGAUUUGAAUGAAGUCUGUGGCGGAUUUACACCUUUGCAUGUAGCUGCUGAACACGGCCAUUUAGAUGUAGUAAAUUAUUUAAUUGGAAGAAAUGCAAAUAUUAAUGCAAAAAAUGAUAAUAAUUGGAUACCAUUACAUGGCGCAGCAUUAAAAGGCCAUGCUGAUGUUGUCAAAGUAUUACUUUUAAAUGGGUCAGAAGUUUAUGUUAAAUCAGUAGAUGGUUCUACCCCCUUACAUUAUGCUGUAGAAAAUGGCAGUGAGACGGUUGCCAACGUAUUAUUAGAAUCCGGUGAAAAGAACGAUGACUUUUACGAAAAUUUAAACUCAGUUUUACCGUAUGCAUGUUAUAUGGGCAACGAAGCUAUUGUUGGACUUUUCUUAAAAUAUAAUGUUAAUAUUAAUAAACAAACAAAGGACCGACGAACCGCGUCACAUGGUGCGGCGGAACGUGGCCACCAUAAAAUUUUAACAAUGUUAGUGAGACAAAAAGCAAAUAUAAACAUUGAAAGUAGUGACGGUGCCACUCCACUUAAAUUAGCUAUAAAAGGGAACUAUAUAGAAGCAGUAAAAUUAUUAUUAAAUUAUGGCGCAAAUAUUAAUUGUAAAAGUGGUUUGAAACAAUUUACUUCUUUACAUGUGGCCGCAUCAAUUGGUAAUGAAAUUAUUUUAGAAAUGUUAAUAAAACAGGGUGCUAAAAUUAACGAUUUAAACAUUGACGGAUAUUCAGCAUUACAUAUUGCUACACAAUGUGGUCAUACAAAAAGCGUACAGACUUUGAUAUACUAUGGCGCCGAUUAUGACAAUUUUGCUAAUUAUAAUUUUUCACCAAUACAUAUGGCUGCUACAGAGGGACAUGCCGAAAUAGUUGAUAUAUUUCUAAAACAAAAUGUAGAUGUCAAUUCUACAGCCAAUUUUCAAGAAGGAAAAGUAUCGCCUUUACAUUGUGCUGCUUUAACUGGCGAUUUAGAUACUGUUAAAACUUUAGUCAAAAGUGGUGCAAAUAUUGACGGGAUUGGUUUUGGUAAUUACACACCAUUGAAUGUGGCUAUUGAUAUGGGCCAUUCAGAAGUUUUUAAAUUUAUGUUAAAAGAAAGAAAUGCUGUACACUCUACAAGUGCCUUCGCGUCCUAUUUACAUUCCGCUGUUCGGCAAGGCAACAGUGAAAUACUUGAACUUCUAAUGAAGAAUGGUGAGAAAGCUAGUAUAGAACAUUUAUUCACAGCAAUUUUAGCAAGUAAUACAGAUGUAGUUAAAACGAUAUUAAAAUAUCAAAAAUUUGAUUUAAAUGCAAAGUACGAAAAUAUUACCUUGCUUACAUUGGCUGCUGUGAGUGGUAAUAAAAAUAUUAUUAAAAUUCUCUUGCAAUUUGGAGCAGAUCCCAAUAAGGGUGAUUUUUUAUACCCUUUGUAUAUAGCAGCAUAUUUUAACAAUGUAGAAAUUAUUAGUGUUUUAUUAAAAAGUGGCGCCCAAGUGAAUACUCGAUGUGAGGGUGGUUCAACACCUCUUCACAUUGCUGCUAUAAGAGGAAACACAAAUGUAGUUGAAAUUUUACUAGAUAAUGGUGCUGACGCUGAAAUUAAAGAUGAUAAGAAUAGAACGGCUCUUGAACUUGCAAUAGCAAAUAAACACUUCUUAGUUGUAAAGACUUUAUUCCAAAGCUUAAAGGAUAUUAUAAACAGUAAAGGGAAUGAUGAUUAUUCAUUGCUACAUAUUGCUGCUCAAGAAGGGGAUUGUGAUAUUGUACGAUAUUUGAUACGAGAAGGUGCGAACAUACACGCGAAAAACUUAUUAGGUUCGAAACCGAUACAUAUCGCAGCGCGUGAAGGCCACGCUAAUUUGGUGGAAUUAUUUCUUUGCGAGGGCUUGUCUUUGUAUGACCCUGGAGCUUCUAAUCAAACUGUACUGCAUUAUGCUACAUUGAAAAACAAAUUAGAAGUUGUAAAAUUUCUUAUUGGGAAAUCUUUUGACGUCAAUGUUAAAGACGCUAAUGGACGGACUUCUAUACAUUUCGCCGCUGAAUUUGGUUUCAAAAAAAUAGUCCAAUUUUUACUCGAUAAUAGUGCCGUAUACAAUGCAGUUGAUAACUUUGACUGUACCCCGGCUGAUUUAACCAAAAACGCACACAUUAAACGUAUAUUAAAAUUUACCAAAAGCUUAUUUGAAAGUGUAAAGCAAAAUAAGUAUUUGGAUGUUGAAAACCUUAUACGUAAUGGUGCAAGUGUUAAGGCGAAAAAUACUGGUGACGUCACAACGCUACAUUAUGCUGCUUGGAAAGGCUAUAAUGAAACUGUAAUUUCACUUUUAAAAUAUAAUGCUGAUCCUAAUAUAAGUGGAAAAAACGGUUACAGCUGUCUUCAUUUUGCUGCAAAAUUUGGUCAUGUUGAUGUGGUAAAGUCGCUUUUGACAAAUGGUGCAGUUUAUAAUGCAGUUGACCAUAAUGGUAAAACACCAUUAUAUUUUGCAGAAAAUAAAUCAAUCGUCCAUCUAUUGAAUUUAAUAAAUGAUUGUUUCAAAAACGUUGAGAAUAGCAGUUCCAGAGUGAUCGAAAUUUUAAAAACAGUCAAAGAUAUGGGUACAAUUAAAGCGAUUAUGAAUGCACAAAACAUAAAUAAACAAACUCUUCUUGUAGUCGCCAUCCUAAAAAAAUAUCCGCUGGCAGAACAGUUAAAGAACAUAUUGCAGGUAGAUGUUUCUACUCAAUUAAAUAAGGCAGAAUUACUUAUUACACAAGAAAAAUGUCAAGAAGCCUUAUAUAUAUUAAAUGAUAUAUUGCAGAAGCGGAAAGAAAUAUUUGGUUUGCACAGUCCCAGUACUAUAGAUAUCCAAAAUCGGAUAGCCUCUGCAUUGUAUAAACAAAGGAAAUUUCAAGAGGCGCACAGAAUUUUUUGUGAGACUUACGAUAUACAGAAAGCUAUUUUAGGAGAGAACUGUGAAGAUACAUUAGAUACAAAAAGCAAUAUUGGUUUGGUUUUACAUAGAUUGGGAGAAGAUGAAAGGGCAGUUACUAUAUACGAAGACGUUUUUAAAAAACAAAGAGACUUGUUAGGGAGAUGCCAUGGAGAAACUUUGAAGACCCAACUACAUAUGGCUUUGGUACUCGAUAGUAUUGGCAGACACGAUGAAGCUUUAAAGAAUAAUCAAGAAGUAUUUGAAAUGUCAAUUCUGGGUGGACAUACUUUAAUGUCUUUGUCGUCACAGAAUAAUAUCGCCAUGGUAUUGGGUCACCAAAAAAAGUACGAAGACGCCAUAGCAACAUACAAAGACGUAUACGAACGAAAAAAACAAUUUUUAGGUCCCUACCAUUCUGACACAAUAAGAACACUGCACAACAUCGGUACCGUACACCAUGAAAGCAAAGAUUUCGACAAAGCAUUAAAUGUAUUCAAAGAUGUGUAUGAAAUUCAAAAACGCCAUUUAGGUCCGAGUCACUUAGAUACAUUAAUCACCCAAACGAAUAUAGCUGAAAUACUAUUUCGUCAGGGUAAAGCCUAUGGCGCUAUUAGGAAUUACAAACAGUGUUACAACCAAAUGAAAGCAAUUUUAGGCGAAAACCAUAAAAAUGUUGUAAGUAUUCAGGCAAAAAUGAAUGCUAUAAUCGAAUUAUCGAAAGUAAAAGGGCACGAUAUUUCUACUAUCGUCGAAGAUGAUACAAUAUUACACACCGCAGUGAAUAAUCAGAAUUUGGAGCUCGUUAAAGAUAUAUUAUCGAGCGAGUUCGAUAUCAAUACGAAAGACUGUGAAGGAAGAACAGCGUUACAUUAUGCAGCAAACACAGGCAAUGUAAGAAUUCUUAGAACGUUACUACAAAAUGGUGCAGACGUUUUUCAAGUAACGAACAAAGGUAACACCCCGCUGCACACUGCCGUUUCCAAAGAAAUGAAAGAAAUAAUCGAAGAAUUUUUAAAACAUGUGAAAAAACAUAAUCCGCGUAGAUCCAGAGAGCUGCUCGACGCUAAAACUAACGUCGGAGGUACAACGGCACUCCACAUUUGCACACAAAAAGGAAACCACGACCUGGCUGUUGUGCUGUUACAAAACGGUGCCUGCUACAAUGUAAAAAAUGCGCAGCAGAAGUCGCCAUUACAAGUAGCCAAAUCCGGGAGCGACGUUCAAAUGCUUUUGAGUUACAUCGAUAGACUUUUCCUAACUCUACAACUUAAUCAAAAAGACAAGGUUCAAAGUUUAAUCAACGAAAAGUAUUUCGAAGUUGAUAAUUUACGCAAGGCUAUUUUAUAUGCGCGUGACAGUACCGGAAAAACCCUCCUUCAAAUUGCUACUAGGGAGGUUGCUCAAUUCAUGUUAGAAAAGUUAAAGUCAGGGUAGUGCUAGCGUUUUGGGGUAGGAGUAAUGCCAAUAUUAUUACGAUCUAGGAAAUUUAGGAAAACGAGCAAAUAUUGCAAAUAAUAAUAAAAAUAGCUGAAUUGAUCAAAAUACUAUAAAAUAUAGCGUUACCCUUUUGUCAUUGCAAUACCAAUAAUUGAGUACUUCUACGUCAUGUUACGAAAAAAUUUAGUAUUAAUAGUUGUUAAGUUUUGUUAAAAUUAUUGUAUUA